GUAAAGAUCUUCACCGAUUCCAGACGCAGCCUUUGCUUCGUUCUCUACGGUCCGUUCCCUGUGUGGGUGUCACAUCCUUGACGGACACGUUGCCGGCCAGCCAUGGGCAACAAGCUGGGUGGCGUCGUGUCCUUCACAUAUGUGACACUAAACACAGGGGAGGGCUCCGUUUCACCAGACACAAGCACUGGAUGUCUCCCUGUGGGAUGACUAGCUGCGAUGAGCACACCCACACCCACACACCCUCGGACACAACGACAUAUGUGUGUAUGUCGGUAUGUGUAUGACGCACACAGACGCCCAGGAGCACCAUUACGCGAUCACCUCACCCACCCAUCCACCCACCCACGAAAAACGGUGUGACACCCACAGAAACACAACGCACACACACACAGAUAUCAUCUACGUCUGCCUGCCUGUCGGUGUAUAUGGGUACAAACAAAACACAGCACACAAAAAAACAUACCUGCACUGCAGCCAUCGGUGCGAUAUGCGAUAAGCGAUGAGCGAUACCACAACAACAACAACAACGACACGGCAAUAGGUAGAUAGAUUGACUAAACAGGUAAAUCGCUGCGAUCGCCUGUCUGUCUGUCUGUGUGUCUGUGUCGCCUCCCUCCAACCGGGAAAAACGGAGGGAUGUGCACCCACAGAAGCCCGACACACACAACACUCACAGACAUACACCAGAAGUGCGCGUUACACACGCCCUUGCCCCUCUCCCUCCCCCUCCCCCGCCCUCUUCCUCUCUGCCUCACACGCGAGCACUCUCAGCCUCUCGCCCAUCCCCGUGCGAUCCACCAGCCGCCUGAAGUACCCAUCCCCGUCCCCCCGCCGCAGCAGCUCUGCAGGCGAGUCGAAUUCCACCACGGCGCCCCUGUCCAUCACCAGCACUCUGUCCGCGUCGAUGACGGUCGACAGCCGGUGGGCGAUGGUGAGCACCACGCACUUUUGGAAGUGGGGGUGGUUCCGGAGGGCGUGCUGGAUGAGGAAGUCCGUGUGAGUGUCGACGUUGGCAGUCGCCUCGUCGAGGACAAGGAUGCGGGUCUCGCGCAGGAGUGCUCGGGCGAGGCACACCAGCUGCUUCUCGCCCACACUGACACGCCGAGAGAGGGCAGACACAAACAUGGCGGGAAUGUGUGUAUGUGUGUGUGGGUGCUCGGGGUGGUGGUGUGGGAGGUACCUGAAGUUGUCUCCUGCCUCUGUGAGGCUGGCCAUCAGGCCGCCAGUGAGCUUGUUGGCCACUCCCUCCAGCUGCACUGCCUUGAGCGCACCCCACACUGAACAUGCCACCCACAAUCACACACAUGUCCACCUUUCCACACGCACACACACACACACACUCACACAGCUGUCCUGUGCAACUAACUCACCGGCAUCGUCCGAAUGCUCGUUGAAAGGGUCUAGAUUAGCCCUCAGCGACCCGGCAAAGAUGACGGGCGACUGUGGAAUGAUCGAUAUGCUCGACCUGAGUGUCCGCAGCCGCAAGCUGCGACUGUCGACGCCGUCGAUGGUGACGCUGCCGCCCUCUAUCUCGGACAGCCGGAAUAAGGCCGCGAUGAGCGACGUCUUGCCGGCACCAGAUCUCCCGACGAUGCCGAUCUGACACACAAACGGACCAUCACGUGGCCAUGUGUGGAUGCCUGUGUGUCGUGUGUCUGCAGCGGACCUUUUCUCUCGGUCGCAGGGAGAAUGAGACGCCCUUGAGGGCGGUGGGCAUGUGGUCCCGAUACCGCAGCACCACAUCGUUGAAGGCCACGACGCCAUCAGACGGCCAUGGGCUCGGGUGGGGGAGUGUCUUCUUUGCGCGUGUCAAGGUGGUCUGUUCCUCUGCCGGCGUCACCUGCCGUUCCUGUGGGAGGCGGGCGUACUCGAUGAUGCGCUCGACGGACGUCAUGAAGUUGGUCAGCUCUGCGGACUGCCUCGCCGUCCAUUGAAACAAGCUCGCCUGAUCCAUCCAUCCAUCCCAUCCAGAGAGAGAGGGAGAGAAAGAUGCACAUGGCAUGGCGGCAAAGAGGUAGCGUACCCACCGACCCACCCACCAGCCCACCAUUUGAAUGAUGUAGACGAGUCCCAGCCCCAGUAGGCCCGGGUCAGCGGCCAUCUUCUCCAGCCCCCCCAGCCAGGUGCCUUCCUCCCGACCCCUCACGGCCAGCUGCCGCAUCGCCACGGCUCCGAUCGCCGUUAUGGCCUGGAACACCGACACCACCACGUCAAGGCGGAAGCCGAACCACCUCUCAACCUGAUCCCAUGCACACACACACAGAGAUACAAUACACUCUUGAGCGCGAGUGAUGGUGUUGUAACAAUGGUUGCCGGCUACUUGCUUGCCUGUUUGUAUGUCCAGUAGGCCGAGUUGUGCAUGUCCUGUGUGGCCUCAAACUGACACCGGCUGUCGUCAUGAAGCUCAAAGGCGCGCAGGGUGGCCAGGCCGUGGAGCGUGGUGGUCAGCUGCGAGUAGAGGGGGGAGCGCGCCACACCUGUUGACACACACAAACACAGAGAGAGGCACACACAGAGAUACUCUAUCGCAGAAUGGGCACGGGACGAUGGUGAAUGACGUACGCACCAUCAAGGCGUCUCAGCUCUCUUGAGCUUCUCAGGUACACCCGCCUCAGCCACACACACACCUGUUAACACAAUAAAGAACACAUCCAUCCAGCCCUCUGCCUGUGUGUGUGUGUGGGUGCCUGGGGGUGCGGUGUGCGUGUGGCCGAGACGUACGCACCGCGGCCAGAGGGAUGAGAGGCACGACGACGACGGGGUUGACCACACACACAAACACCACCGUACCCAGCACACGCAGAGAGCACUGCAUGACGUCUAAACCCGUAUACGGCACCUACGCACACACACACACACACACAGACACACGGAGAGAGGGAGACGGUGAAGAUUCGCUUGGAUGAAAGCGCGGGUGAAAAUUGCAGCACCAUGUCGUCCAUGAGCGAGACAUCCUUGGAGAACCGAUUGAGGAUUCUGCCAGUUGGGUUGGCCUCGAACCACCUCAUGGGUGCGGACAGGAGCUUGGCGAAGACCGUGUUGUGCAGCGACUGUGAGGCCCGCAGGCAGAGUGCGAAAAACAGGUGGGCACGGGAGACGGAGAAGAUCAAGAGGAACAACACCAGCAGCCAAUAAUGCUGCACACAGAAAUACAGACAGACAUACAAAGGAUGGAUGGCUGGAUGGAUGGGUGGGCUUAUGGCUACCCCGAUGGUUGCGGGCUGUGUCUGUUGCUCGUUGUCGAGUUGGCUCCAUUGGCUGAGGUACGCCCCACUGAGGAUAAGCAUCACCUGCGCCCCCACCGCCAGCAGACACAUGACGCAGAUGACCCACCAGGGGCCUGCACACACAACACAACACAACACAACACACCAACAGAGAUGCGCUCAUAGAGGAAACAAACAGGAGGCAGUCACCCGCCCCCCCACCCCACCCAUGUGUGAUGCGUAUGUGCGGAAGACGCCCCAGGACACAGUCCCGGUCUGCCGGGUCUCCGCCUCGAUGAUGGCACCCUUGCUGGCCUCCUCCUGACCCUCUUCGUUGGUAUCCUUCAACACGGAGCACGAAUGCUCAUACGCUGCACAAUCAGCCAGCACCCACACAAGACACGGAGAGCCACACACACACACAGAGAGAGAGAGAGAGAGAGAGAUCCGAUGGAUGGGUGUAUGUGUGUUAUGUGGGGUGCACGCCUACACCCACCUGGUUUCUGCUGCUCGCUGCUGUUGUUGUUGCCGUCGUCCUCAUUGUCGGCCAUGUCGUCAAGGCUGAUCUCAUGCAGGUGGAUCUCCUCAAGCUGCGCCUCCUUCUCGCUCUCCCGAACGACGUCUCCCCUCAUCAGCAGGUGUGGCAUGUGCGCCACGUCGCCCAGCACCCCGUCAUGCACCACACAGCCGUCAUUGAGCACCACCAGCCGCCCCUGGGGGCACAUCUGCGCCACGACCGACACCUGGUGCGUCACGAGGAUGCGUGUGGUGUCAGCCAGGGCACCCAGCAGCGCCUCAGCGACCUGACAACCGAUGGCACAACACAACACAUAGACGGCGAGUGACUCGGGUCGAGUGUGUAUGUGUGUAUGUGCGUGUGUGUGUACCCACCAGGUGUCUGGCGACAUUGGCGUCAACGGCCGAGAGUGGAUCGUCCAGCAGCACCACUAUGCCUCCCUGCUGCUGUUGCUGCUGCCGCUGCUUGCGUGUGAUGGCCGCGGCAUAGAUGGCCCUUGCCAUGGCGACUCUCGCCUUCUGCCCGCCACUGAGGGUGACGCCCCUCUCGCCCACUUGGGUGUGGACGUGGGAAGGCAUGCUGGCCAGGUCGGUGGCGAGGGCAGAUGCGUGGAUGGCGGCAUCGACGAGGGCCUGAAUGCACGCAGGCAGGGGAAAUGCGGCGUGUGUGUGUGGGGGGGGGAGAGGAGGACGGGGGGAGGAGGUAUCACCUGGUCGGCAGGUUUGCCGAAGAGGAUGUUCUCGAGGAUCGUGACGGGCGCGAUGAAUGGCUCCUGCUCCACCAGGGCCAUGCCGUCCCCCUCACGCACACACACGCCACCCGCCUGAACACACAGGUACAUCACAGACACGGAGUCUCAGACAGAAAGGUACGCGUGUGCGUGUGUGUGUGUAUGUGGUUGCUGCACUCACCUGUGGCUCCAGCUCUCCCAGGAUGGUCAUGAGUAGUGAGGUCUUGCCGCCUCCCACCGGGCCGGCGAUGACCAGCAGCUCUCCCUGCUUGACAGACAGGCUGACGCUCUUCAACACGGGGCCAGUUUUCGGCUCCCAUGAGGCGGUCAUGCUGCAGGCAGGACACACAGACACAAGGUGGGUGUGUCGCUUGUGUGUGUAUGUGUGUGUGUGUGGGUGUCUGUGUGUGUGUGUUCACUCGUUUGCUCACUUGUGUAUGUCAAUGGCGUGGUGGUGUGUCGGUGUGGGUGUGUCGAUCUGGGUGUCGUCCGAAGAGUCGGUGGAAGGCACGGAAGUGCUGACGCCAACAACCACACACACACACAUGGACACACACACAUAUCCACACACAUCCACAAAGACGUUUUGCUCAGUCACUCCUCCACUCACUGACUCACCAGCCGUUGCCAUUGGCAAUGCCGUGCCUUUUGUGUGUGCUGCGUUCGCUCUGUGUGAGCAGUGCGGUGAGCCGCUGUGUGGCGACAUAGAGCUCAGAGAGAAAUUCUACGGCGUAUGGGAAAAAGAGCGUGAGCGUCAGCUGCAGCGGCAGGAAAAGUGAGUACCUGACACACAGACAACCAGACAGCCACACACACAGACAUACACAAGGUGAUCUUUCUCUGCGUGUGUGUGUGUGGGGGGUGUCUCGCAGCCAUGGCGCUCACGUGGAGAAUAUGAGUGCGGGUGUGAGCGUGUUGCCCAUCAGCACAUACACAGUGAAGGUGAUCGACACUAUCACCGCUGACGACAGAAACUCGCACCACAGAUUCACAGCCCUGAGGCGGCACACACACAAUCACACACACACACACACACAAUUUCGGCGUGCCUGUGAAGACACUCUCUUAUGUGUGGUGUUUACUUGAGGUUCAUGGAUCUGCGAAGUGCGCGGAUCUCUCUGUUUCUGACGUGCGCCACCCGCUCGGCCAGGGGCUCCUCCCAGGAGUACAGCUUCAACACACGAAUGCCGCUGGCACACACAGACACACAAUCACACAGACAGACAAACAAAGACACACACAAACCGACAAAUGAGAGAGGCGCAAACAGACAAAUGAGUUCACCACACACAGUGGAUGGAUGGAUGGAUGUGUGUGUGUGUGUGUGUGACUGGUCCAUUCGAGCCCGCCACAAGUGAGUAUGGUGGCGCCUCGCUAUAGCCCGUCACCCAUCUGCCAGGUCGUCAGUGUCUGCAUCUUGGACGUCCUCCUCCGAAGCGACGCGGAGCAGGUGAUAAAGCAAUGCAGAUACAUAUGCACACCACAGGAGGCUGCUGCUGCUGCUGCUGGGUGGGUGGGUGAGGUGACCAAGCUGGAUGGAUGAAUGGAUGGAUGGAUGGAGUGGUGGUAUGCACGCGGCCUCACCCACGAGCACAGACAGAGGUUUGUGUGCCCACCGACCCACCUGAUGAGCUCCCCCAUCGUCCUGACGCGUCUGUCCGCCUCAGCCACCGUGCGGCGACGGAACCGCACAAACAGCGAUGAAAACACCUGUCAUAGCAAAGAACACAACAAACAGAUGCUGACAAGCGUGUGCGAGGGCCGGCGUGUGAUGUGCUAUGUACCAUCUGUGCGGGCAGCAGGAGCACCAGCAGGGAGAUACCGAUGAGCGACGCGGGCCCGAUCUUCUGAUAGACGAUAACCAACACCACCAACAGGUGAAUGGGAGACCUGCAUCAACCACACACAACCACACACACACAAUAUGCCAGCACACAGGUGUAUGUUUGUGAAGGGGCGUCAGCCAGUCAUUACGUCGCGACGAACUGGAAGAACGGUCCGCCGUACUCCAUCCGGUAGAAAUCGCUCGAGAACAUGUUCAUUAUCUGCCAAGCGAAUAUACACACGUCUCCCCUCCCUCCCUGCCCGUCUGUGUGUGUGUGUGUGUGUGUGGUUUUACCUGUCCGGCUGACACGUCUGUGAGUGCCCUGAGGCUCAGCCUCAGCACCUUGUUGUACGCCAACGACAUAGCCGCCACACGCAGGCGCAUCCCAAAGUGAAACCCUGCACACGCACACACACACACACACACACAGAUCCAGACAUUUGUAGACACCUCUCUCAGUGGCAACCGAACUCUCCUAGCUGUUUGGGUUUAGGCGUACCUUCGUGAAAGACAUGGUGGUGGGUGAUGUUGAGCAGCAGGCCGAGCAGCAGCAGCGUCGAUGCGCAGGUCAUGAGGUAGCCGAGCGAUGCGGUGGGGUCAGACAGACCGCCCAGAAGCUCACCCACGAUCAACGCCACACCUGAUCGAUCGGCACACACACGGCGACACACUGUGUCUGUGUCUGUUUCUUGUCUCCACUUGUGUGCGUGUGUGUGCUCUUACUUACCGAUGUACGCCGCCACUUCACACAGCUGCAAGGCGGCCAGGCAGAUGAACCCUGUCACACACAUCACAUACACACACCGCCAACACGAAAGAGGAAUCGGUCAAUCCACAGAAACCCUCCCAGCCACUCGGCCGGCCAUUUCUCGCUUACACCAGCAGAACUUCCUCACAAACAUCCGCAACACGUUGGGCUUAUCACUCCUGGCACACUCCUCACGCCAGGCAUCCUCCAUCCAUGCGCCUAUUCUCGCUGCCUCGUCACUCCCAGCCACCUGCGGCAGGUCCUCUUUGUCCAACACCUUCCGACGCGCCACAUUAAUCAUCUUCCAUGAGUAAGCAAAGGACAGCAGUGACGGCCAUGGUGAUUUGUGGUUCAGGGGAGGGACGGGGUGGCGGGAUGACGCCUUCUCCUCAUCGACGGGAGCUGUGGCCGUCAUUGUCGCUGUGAUCUGAUGGAUGACGGUGUUGUCUUGGCUGUGUCUACGCCUGUCCCUAAGCCCGGCGCCUACCUUUCGGCGCUAGACAUCUCCAGGGCGGAUCUCCC